AUGGCUGCUGAGAACUGCACUGUGUUGACUGACUUCAUGCUCCUGGGCCUUUCUGGCAGACAGGAUGUGCAGCAGGGGCUCUUUGUGCUCUUCCUGCUGGUUUAUGGCAUCACCGUGAUCGCCAACCUAGGGAUGAUCCUGCUGAUCAACACGGACCCCAGACUCCACACGCCCAUGUAUUAUUUCCUGAGCAAUCUGUCUUUCUGCGAUGUCUGCUACUCCUCCACUGUGUCUCCCAAGAUGCUGGCUGAUUUCUUAUCUGAGCAAAAGAGGAUCCCGUAUCAUUUAUGCUUUGUGCAGAUGUUUCUUUUCGGUACCUUCGCAGCUGUGGAAUGCGUCAUGUUGUCAGUCAUGGCGUAUGACCGUUACGUAGCCAUCUGCAGUCCGCUUCUUUAUACAACUGCUAUGUCCAGGAAGGCCUGCGUCCGGCUCGUGGCCGUUGCCUACGCCGCAGGCUUGAUGGACAUGACGAUCUUCACCUCCUGCACGUUGCCAUUAUCACUGUGCAAUUCCAACGUCAUCAAUCACUUUUUCUGUGACAUCCCACCCUUACUGGCCCUCUCCUCCUCAGAUACAGCCAUCAAUGAGAUAGCGUUGACCGUUUCCUGCAGCUGUGUUGUGGGGACCAGCAUCGUCACUGUCCUCCUGUCCUACAGCUACAUCCUCGCCACCAUCCUCAGGAUGAAGUCCGCCGCGGGCAGGCGCAGAGCCUUCUCUACCUGCGCCUCCCACCUCACCGCCGUGGCCCUCUUCUUCGGCACGCUCCUCUUCAUGUAUUUCCGACCCAGCUCCAGUUACUCCUUGGACACGGACAAAAUAGCCUCUGUUUUCUACACAGUUGUCAUCCCCAUGCUAAACCCACUGAUCUACAGCCUUAGAAAUAAGGAUGUGAAAGGUGCCCUGAGAAAAGCAGUUGGCAUGAAACUAUAUUCUGGGUGA